AUCUCACCUAUCAGACUCUGUGUAUUCACUUUCUUCUCAAUUUCUCAUAUUACAAUUAACAAUCACCAUCACAUCUGUACUAAAAAUCAGAUUCACACAUCAAGAUUAUGGCAUCUGAUCCAAAGAAGAUCAUCAUAGACACUGACCCUGGUAUUGUGAUGGGUCGAAUCUGUUUGACAUCUCUGUGAUUUGUGUUAUGAUUGCAAUGCUACAGAUGAUGCCAUGGCAAUAUUUCUGGCAUUGAAGUCACCUGAAGUGGAAGUGAUUGGACUGACUACUAUAUAUGGGAAUGUUUAUACUACUCUGGCUACCAGGAACGCCUUGCAUUUGUUGGAGGUCGCAGGAAGGACCGAUAUUCCGGUGGCUGAGGGAUCUCAUGUCUCGAUAACUAAAGGUGCAAAACUUCACAUUGCCGAUUUUGUCCACGGUGCUGAAGGACUUGGCAACCAAAAUUUCCCCCCGCCAAAAGGAAAGCCAAUUGAACAGUCAGCACCUGCUUUUCUGGUUGAGCAAGUAAAUCUUUACCCUGGAAAAGUCACGGUGGUGGCAUUGGGUCCACUUACAAAUAUUGCAUUGGCCAUCCAGUUAGAUCCUGCAUUUGCUAAAAAAAUUGGGCAGAUUGUUUUACUUGGUGGUGCUUUUGCAGUAAAUGGGAAUGUGAAUCCCGCAACAGAGGCAAAUAUUUUGGGCGAUCCAGAUGCUGCUGAUAUUGUUUUCACCAGUGGUGCAGAUAUUUUGGCUAUCGGGAUUAAUGUUACCCAUCAAGUUGUUUUGACAGAUGCUGAUCGAAAUAAACUGGCACAAUCAAAUUCAAAAUUUGGUCAGUACUUGCACAAGAUUUUAGAUGUCUACUUCGAUUAUCAUCGUUACGCAUACAACACAGGAGGAGUCUAUCUUCACGAUCCAACAACUGUUCUUGCUGCUGUUGAUCCUGCACUUAUGACCUACACAGAGGGUGUUGUUAGAGUCCAAACCACUGGCAUCACAAGGGGCCUGACAAUAUUCUUUAACCAAAAGAAGAGGUUUGCUGAAGUCACCGAGUGGUCUGAUAAACCCUCAGUAAAGGUGGCCGUCACGGUUGAUGCUCCCACAGCUCUGAAAAUGGUGAUGGAACGGCUUACAGAACCAUAAAAACAUUUCAGGUCAGCUAGAAUUACCUGGUGAUUGAGGCGACCGAGAGCGUCUUUCUCGGUGGUCAAAUUGUUGUUUCUGAUGCAUUCACAAUGCCAUUGUUGAACUAAUGUGCAUUAUGUAUAUACUUUCCAAUCACAUUGAGCAAGUAAUUUCUCUAGAAGUAACAAUCACAAUAAAGCAUUCUCUGCCGUUUUUAUUUC